CAGCUGACAGUUUGUAGCAGAAAGAAAAACAUUAAUUCAGAUCCGUCGUAGGGUAAAUACUUGUUUAGAUCCGAAUGCGUUUCGCUGAAGAAAAUUCUCAUAACUGAUUGUGAAAAAUACUGUUGCCAUGAUUCGAGAAGAUGACCCUCGGUUCCGGAUUACUCCAUUCCAGCAAAUGGCAUCGGCAUGUUCCGGUGCUCUUAUAACCUCGUUAUUCAUGACUCCACUAGAUGUUGUCAAAAUAAGGCUUCAAGCGCAACAGAAGGCGUUGCUCUCGAAUAAAUGUUAUUUGUAUUGCAAUGGUCUAAUGGAACACAUAUGUCCCUGCGGCGACUCUGCCUGGAUACCGAGACGAGUACAUUUCAAUGGCACUAUGGAUGCUUUCUAUAAAAUAGCCAAAUUAGAAGGAGUUCCUGCAUUAUGGUCUGGAUUAAGUCCUACAUUAGUCCUAGCUCUUCCAUGUACAGUUAUUUAUUUUGUAACAUACGAACAACUGAGGUAUAGGAUGAAAACAAAUUACAAUAAUUAUACCAAUAAACCGGGACAACCGAUGUGGAUACCAAUGUUAGCAGGAGCAACAGCCAGAACGAUAGCUGUUACUAUCGUCAGUCCUCUAGAACUAAUAAGAACAAAAAUGCAGUCGACAAAACUGAGUUAUUCAGAUAUAAUGUCAGCAUUACGUCAAGUCAUAAAAUAUGAAGGAUACAAAGGUCUCUUUCGUGGACUCGGCUCUACUUUAUUGAGAGAUGUACCAUUCUCAGGUUUAUACUGGACCACAUUUGAGUCAACGAAGAACUUUUUUAACAAACCAGACUCAGAAAAGAAUACAUUUUUGUUUAAUUUCUUCUGUGGAUCUGUCGCGGGCAGUAUUGCGGCGUUAGUAACACUUCCAUUUGACGUUGUCAAAACACAUCAACAAAUAGAAUUAGGCGAAAAAGAAAUUUAUACAGAUGGUAAAGUCCAUCAAAGAGCAUCAAAUAUGAAGGAAAUAGCACACACAAUAUACACCAAUCAUGGAUUUAAAGGAUUGUUCACUGGUUUCCUGCCACGAAUAUUCAAAGUUGCACCAGCAUGUGCAAUUAUGAUUGCGACCUUUGAAUAUGGAAAACAGUUUUUCCAAACAUAUAACACUCAGAAAUAUAAGGAAAAAAUGCAAAGGCACCAAGAAAUAUUGUUGAUGAGCCAAACAUCAGCCAAAAAUGAUUAUUCAUAAUACGACAAACGGGAAUAUCAAUGUUUAGUAAAAUAUUAGAAUACAAUAAAUGUGAUAAAACUGUAGUAGGUACAGUUUAAGUAUUUUAUGGCUGUUCAUAUUGUUUACGGUUACCAAAUGUACACUAACUUUGUAAAAAUACCAUUUCCAUAAUUGUUAUGUAGUUAAAAUAAUUGUUUUCGUCAAUGUUGUCAACUUAGUACACUUUAAUGCAUAUUUUUAGGAAUUAGAUGUUAGGGUGACCAUUUGCAACUAAAUUGCUAUUACCUUAUGUAUUGAUGUUAAAUGAAAGAACAAGUGGGUGAUUCCACUAAAUGCACAUUAUUUCUAUAGAUAGUUACAUAUGGCAAAUUGUUUUGUUUAUGUAAAAAAUAUUCAGGGCCUUUAGCCAAACGCCACUUUAGCGCUUAUCUACAGAGAGAG